GGUGCUGGCACGCCUUCCACGCCCACUGAUCUUACGAUCGUGGCGAAUGACCCGACCACCGUCCAUAUGACCUGGAGCAAGUCGGCCGACGCGGCAGGAUACCGUUUGUGGUCGCGGAAUGUCAACGACCCUGGCAGCGUGUUAACGGCACAGAAUGCGACGGUGGAGACCACCUGUAGUGAUCAGUAUUUCUUGUUCCCGGGCACUUGGAACUAUGAAUGGUGUGUUAGUGCUUUCAACGGGUAUUUGGAAUCCCCCACUGGAUCAUGUGUCGUGGCACCUUCUCCCACUGCCAGUGGAGGUGCCGGUCAGUACUGCCCAUCCCCGCCCGCGUGGUGUCCUAACGGC